AUGAAGCGUUUCCCAAAACGAUGCUCAAUCACGGCCCGACUUGCUUGUUCAAGAGUCAACCCUGUUCGUCAUUCCAACAACCGGACCUCCGAACUGUCCACGCCGGGAGUAGCAAUCGAAGUGCCGCGUUUCACCGCACCCGCUGUCAGUUGUCCCUGGACUGGCGCCAGCAGUUUCAUGUUUCAGGUCUGACCAGCCCAUCAGAGUCUGGGUCGGGGAUAUCUGACCAAUCAACAUGAGCCGCUUUUCUCGGACCGACGUCUCCACUGGAACAUUGUUCCCUUUCCACGAUGUCACUGAUGUCCAGAAGCAUCGUGAACUCAAUUUCGCAGAGGCCAAACGAUCAUAUGCACUGCUACACUGACGGCUGACCACGGAGCGUCCUGUGCGCUUUUCACAGUCACGACCUUCAACGAAAUAGGGAAAACUGGAUCACAUUGCAACGGUAUCCACGGACUCAUCGAGCUGCCGAUCUCCAAUAUCUGCUGGACGGCCAAUUCUCCUAGUAUCGGCCGCUUUGACGACGAGAUGGAGUCUGCAAUUUCAACACAGCUGUCACGGGUUCAACUGGCAUCAUCGAGAAACGAACAUAGCUUGCCGUUCAUAUCAAGCACUGGUGCCGUUUUAGUGUAGUCCCAAAAUAGGAGCAAUCCAGCAAGAAAAUCCCCGGUUGACGCUCGCCAAAUUCGCGGUUCCUGGGUCCACGAGGCGCUGCCGCCAGCGAAUCGCCCGGUCAGAUCGGGUUGAUCGGCAGCCUCCGUUUCUGACAACCGCCCACCCAGCCCUUGAAGGCGUCUAGGAGCCGCCCGAAACGCCGCCUUCAGUGUCAACUCAACUCUCAAAAACGUUCAUCACAGACAUUCUUCUCGCAUACGCAGUAAUUGUGAAUAGCUUCUUGCUAAUGACAAAUGGUACGCUGAUAGCUCGGUGUCCGGGCACUUUGACGAGAACUGGUGGACGAGCGAGACAUCGCGACAGGGACAGGGUGUAACCCCCACAACUCGCUUGGAGCACGCACUGCCAAGAGCAACCAUCGCCAGGCGUUUCUUUCCAAGUUCAGACAGGUGGUGCAACGACGGAGAGUUAUGCCAAGCACAACCCCUUGUUGUGUUCUGCUCAGGGGUUCCUCAGUCUUGUUUCGAGUUGAAGCCAUCACAUUCGUAUCCAACGCUGGAACACACAUGAACCAAAGCUCUGGCCACCGCAAGAAUGUGCAGAUAGCUUCGCCUGCGAGAAAGAGACCAUUCAGUUGUGGUCCAUCACCCAAGGCAUGUUGAGAUUACCCAAGGCCCGAGCCACCAACAGCUGGUUCAAAGCGCAAAGUUAUCGUGCGCUGGACAAGUUCAUGGUGUAUGGAGUCUUCAAGCGUUUUGGAGACCCGGUAACACCGAUGUCUGAUGAGACCGAGGCGGCGAUUCCAGCCAUACGGAUAUGGGGAUCCUACUUCGUGGCUGCGACUUCGGCAUUUCUUGUGUCAUCGUCUCUUGGGUUGGGAAAAUCACGAUCCCUCCCAGCUGAGCCCGGCUCGAUAACACCAAGUCAAAGCUCUGAACAAGAACCCAGCGGUCUGGAUGAAACAAAGCAACACCACACGAACGGCGAAUACGCUAUACCAAGAUCCUUUACGAUCCUACUUUGCAUCUGUCAUACCCAUGGCAGGAUAUUCAUCCUGAUGCGCCGGCCCGCUGCCCAGGUCGAUCAAAUUGCAAGCAAACAAAAACCAGAUCUUUACCCCCUUCCUAACCAGUCGUGCCUACCUCGUUACACCAGACCUCUGGUCCUCGACCAUGUUUGUAUCACUCAUCCAAAGCUCAGUGCACCUUUUCAAAGACGGACGGUACGGCACGGCGUAGCCAACCCGACCAUCUGGACUGCCUAAAAAGAGACGAAUUGGCCGCUUUUAUCCUCCCUCCACCGGCUGUCAAACGUUGGAUGGGGGCGCAAAGUGCGGCACACACCAGAUGGCCGCAUAUCACCGCCUUUCAGGUCCCGUUCCGGGUCUUCCUUCCGGCCCGGACGA